UUUAAAGAUUCUUCAACUCGCCACGAAGCAGAUCAAUCCAUGACUAGCACUGAUUUAGUAACUUCAGACACUUCAGAACAGGAUCAAGACCUAUCUUUAGUUAAUCAGGAUGCUUCAACGGGAUCUGAAAAGACAAUAAACUUAGCAUUAUGUGAUGCAAAAACCGUGACAAAAUAUCAUGAUCUUAACAAUUCUGAUACUACCUCCGAAAUACUUGAAUCAGACAAUCAAAUCAUAAAAGGUUUAACACAAGAGAUGACCUAUGAUCAAGUAGAAAAUAUUGUUUCUUCCGAAAUCAAUCCUUUAUAUUCAAAUAAUGAUGAG